AUGGUAAUGACUUACAUUGCAAAGAAGUGCGGCGUCUGCUUUCAGCCCCCGUCCAUUAUCCUGAUCUACAAAGAAGAGAGCGAGGAUAAGACUCGUCAGCGUAUCAUGCCUGUCAGAAAUUUCUCAAAGUUCUCAGACUGCAGAAUGGCUGCUGAGCAGCUGAAGAAUAACCCUCGGCACAAGGCUUACCUAGAAGGAGUCUCCCUGCAUCAGCUACGAAAGCUGUACAGUUUGUUGAAAGGUCAUUUGGCAGGAGAGAGCCUGGCUGAGGGCUUGAAAACGUUUCGGCAGGAAGAGACCAUUGACCCAGAAGAGGAUAUGAACAAACUAGAUGACAAGGAACUAGCCAAAAGGAAGCGCAUCAUGGAUGAGCUCUUUGAAAAGAACAGGAAGAAGAAGGAUGACCCAGAUUUCAUCUAUGACAUUGAGGUUGAGUUUCCACAGGAUGAGCAGCUGGAGUCCUGUGGCUGGGACGUGGAGUCAGGUGAAGAAGUAUAA